AUGAGCGCCGCCGCCGUCGCCGAACGGCGCCCGUCCACCCUCCCCGCCGACGUCGAGCACCUGCAACAGCACGCACAACAACAGCCGCCGACGACGCCGCCGCUCGACCGCCUCGCCCUCACCCACGCGCUCAACAACCCCACCGACACCCCCAUCACCCCGGGCCACAUCCUCUCCUCGCCCUACCCGGCCGCCACCCACACCCUCGACCUCUCCCGCGUGCCCACGCCCUCGGCGCUCUUCGCCCGCGCCCUCACCACCCUCGCCCCCACCGACGCCUCGUACGCCACCGCGCCCUACGAGACGGCCUUCGACUUCGCCGCCCUCUUCGCCGAGCUGCGCGCCCUGGUCGCCGCGACGCCGGGCUUCGCCUGGCCGCGCACCAGCUUCUACGUCGUCGCCUUCCGCAGCGUGCUGAAGGAGGGCAUCGACAAGGAGAGGCUGGGCCUGCUGGACGAGAAGAGCCACGAGGAGGCCGUCGAGAGCGGCGGCCUGCUCAAGUACUGGUUCGGCGUGCCCGAUGGCGAGAGCAGGAAUCUGGCAACUUGCUUUUGGCAUAGCAGGGAAGAUGCGGCGGCCGGUGGCAAGGGCCCGUGGCAUAAGAAGGCGAGGGGCGCGGCGGUUACCAUGUAUGAGAGUAUUCGGUUUGAGACGAGGCGGUUGACGGUCGAGGAGGGGGUGAGCGGGUGGAAGUGGGAGGAUUGGAAGCAUGAGCACUGA